AUGUUCAUCACUGUAUCUAUAACACCAAUUAUCUGGUUCAAUCUUCUACUUUGCAUCGCUUCUGAUAAAAAUGAAACUUUCUAUCCACCUAAUUUCGGCGCUGCUGAUGAAAUUAUUACAAAUAAUACUUAUUCUGGUGUCUCAGAUAGCUUUGAUUACAACAACUUUGAACCAUUAUUUAGCUCAGAAUUUCUGUUCGAUCCUUCGCAGUUCAUUGAUUUCGCUCAAGUGAGUGAAAUUGAGGAUAUAAGCAGUAAAGAAUCGAAUUCUGAGACUGAUCUGUUCACAAUUACUCCUCAUCCUGGUUUCAUCUCACCUAGUUAUGAUGAUUUCAUUGUCCACACUAAUUUGGAGUCAUCACUUGCCUCAAAUUUGGAUUCAUUAUGGAGAGAUGCCAAUGGAGAAUUAAAAACGAAUGAUGAUAAAGCACGAUAUCCUUCCAUUAGAGAUGCUCAAAGUGGGACUUCUUCGCCACUUAAUGUCGACACCGAUGACAUUAUCACGUAUAUGCACUUACCUGGUUCACAACAAAAUGUCGUUCCGAUCUAUUUUCACCAACUUACUCUUUCCUCAGACGGUACAUCCGGUCAACAUGGAAAUGCUGAACUGAUCAACAUGGACAAUAAGCACUUCUCGGAUAGCUUGAAUGUCGCCGACUACAGGGGGAGUACCAAUGAAGGAUCAAAAACAGAUAACAGAAAGUAUAUUUGUUAUUAUCCCGGGUGUACUGUGAUCGCGACAAAUUACAACGAAUAUAUAACACAUAGGAAAACACAUGGUCAACCUCUCAUCUAUGAAUGCAGAGUGCCCGGUUGUGGGAGGACAUUCAACCAUGAAUCAUCAUUUCGCAGUCACAAGGAAACGCAUGAACCUAAUCCUCAAUGCGAGUGCUGCGGCAAAUUCUUCACCACCAGGAAGAGACUGCAAUAUCAUACGAUGAGUUGCAAAAGAAAACCUCAUAAACGAAGCUAUGAAUGCCUCUACCCCGGGUGUGCUGUGAUCGCGAUGAAUUACAACGAAUAUGUAACACAUAAGAAAACACACGGUCAACCUCUCAUCUAUGAAUGCAGAGUGCCCGGUUGUGGGAGGACAUUCAACCAUAGAACAUCAUUUCGCAGUCACAAGGAAACGCAUGAACCUAAUCCUCAAUGCGAGGGCUGUGGCAGAUUCUUCACUAGUAGAAAUACACUAACUAGACAUAAGGAGAGCUGCCAAGCGAUAUCUCAUAAACGAAGCUACGAAUGCCUCUACCCCGGGUGUGCUGUGAUCGCGAAAAGUUACAAAGAAUAUAUAACACAUAGGAAAACACAUGGUCAGCCCUUCAUCUAUGAAUGCAGAGUGCCCGGUUGUGGGAGGACAUUUGACUAUGAUUCAACAUUUUUCAAUCACAAGCAAACGCAUGAGCCUCAUCCUCAAUGUGAGGGUUGUGGCAGAUUCUUCACCACCAGGAAUGCACUGAAAUCUCACAAGAAGAACUGCCAAACAAAAUCUCGUCAGUUUGCAAAUUUAGCACAAUUUUAA